UAGAAAUGCCAUUUACAGAAUCCGGAGCGUUGGGCUUAGUUCUUACCCUGGAGCAGGUCUCUAAAUUUAGCAUUUCUGUUUUUCCUGUAUCUGUACAUUUUACGCAAACUGGUGCUCUGGAUCGGAUAUUUUGGUCAUCCCCAAAUACAGCGCUUAGUAGCUGCAGUUGGCAUCCUCCAGGAGAGAUCUUUCCGGACGCUCGUCAGGAUUUUCAUUCUCUGAUGUAAAUUAUUUAUGAACCACCGGGGAUCCAUACUUGAGCAUCUUCUGUCUGACAUGCAAUCGAGCGACCACCGGGGCUUAGUAGUAGAGAGUUUGUGAAAAUAGUGCCAGGCGUAGUUACAUGGGUUGACACAGUGAUUACCAGCAGUUAACCAGCAGGACACUAUGCCUUAUGACAGAACGUAACCUCGUUCAAAGGCAUCUUUAGCUGCCUGUUGUGACAGCACGGUGGAUGUGAAGAUGGCGACGGGAGCAGGCUGGCAGCAGCAGUACAGUCCUGCUUCUGGCAAUCCCCCUUCAACAACUGGAUUAGGGAAUAAUCCUUCUUCGUCGACAAAUUUGUUUUACGAAACUGGUCUCAACAUGGAGUACACGCAAGACCUGCAUCUGAAAAUGAGCAAAAAGAUAGCACAACUAACAAAGGUCAUUUAUGCACUCAACACCAAAAACGACGAGCACGAGGACGCCAUCCAGUCCCUCAAGGAGUCCCACGAAGACGAGGUGCAGCACAUCCUCUCGGAGACGCGCGAGAAGAUCAUGCAGUACAAGAGCAAGAUGGGCGACGACUCCGACCUCAAGCGGCGCCUGCAGUCGCUGGAGGAGUCGGUAGAACUAUACGAUCACAUGAAACGGCAGGCAUUGGCCGAGUUCGAGAUGUACCGGCAGCGCAUGGAAGACACCCAGCUGUGCACGGAGGCGCAGCACACGCAGCGUGUGGUCAGCAUGUCGCGCGAAGUGGAGGAGAUGCGCCACGACUUCGAAGAGAAGCUGCGCGCCUUUGGGCAGGUGCAGGCCCAGUUUGAGCAGGAGAAACGCCGCUCCAUUGAGGAGCUGAAGGCCACUCACCGGCAGGAGGUCCAGGAGCUUCUGCAGAGUCAACAGAACCAGACCGCCUCCUCCAGUCUGAACCAGGAGAAGCUGGCCGAGCUGCACCGUGCCGAGGUAGAGGAGCUCAUGGAGCGGGUGGAGGAGCUAACACAGGAGAAGGUGCGUCUGAUGGAGGAGUACGAGGCGAAGCUCACCAAAGCCCAGGCCUUCUACGAGCGUGAGCUGGAGGCUAUGAGACGCACACAGCAGCUCACCUCGGAAAACCUCCUGGCCUGGAAGCGGACUGAGGUGGAGCUCCGUAAGGAGUUCCAGCUGCAGGAGGCCGCCUUGCAAAGGACUCUGGGAAAACUCCGCGUCGAGCUCCAGAGAGCUCAGGAGGAGGGCAGAGAGAACAGGGAUAAGACUAACAGACUGCAGGCCUCCCUGAACAGCGCAGAGUGCACAAUAAAGGAGUUGCACAAGCAACUGGAGGAGGCGAUCCAGGACGGAGAGAUCUGGGUGAUGCAGCUGAAGGACACAGAGUACGAGCUGGAUUCCAGCCGAGACCGCGUGCAGCAGCAGGCCAGGGAGAUCCUCCACAAAGCCAGUCAGAUCGGGUCCCUGCAGGCCUCACAGAUGAGUCAGGAGGCGACGAUCCGUGACCUGGAGUCGGAGCAGAACCGUCUGAGGGAGCGCAUCGUGGAGCUGGAGCAAGAGCGUGAGCAGCUGCAGGCUCAGACCAAGAGCCUGGACGAGCAGCAGCGGCAGCAUAUCCAGGCGCUGGAGAAAACCCUGUUGGAAGAGAAGGAGAAGUACGAGUCAGAGCUGGCUGAGGUGAACACCAAGUACGUGGAGGAGGUGGAGCGGCUGAAGGAGACGCAGGCACAGGCGCUGGACGAGCUGACGGAGAAGCACAUUGCCAUGCAGGAGGGCGCGCGCAACGCCGCCGAAAGGGAGAAGAACCAGAGGCUGGCCGACAUGGGGCAACAGUAUGAGAUCCGGCGUAUGUCCCUGGAGGAACAGAGGAACCACCUGCAGCAGCAGCUGGAGAACCUCCGGGAGGAGCUCAACGCCAAACUCAGCAUCGCAAACCAGGAGGUGUCUCACCUGCAGGAGCUGGUGAAGGAUGGAGAACUUAAUUUGCAGUCUGCCCAAGGCCACAUCUGCUGUCUGAAGGAGACGCAGGAGAAGCUGCUCAUCGAGCUGGAUGCCACCAGAGCCAGAGUCAGGGAGACCAGCAACAUGCUCACAGACCUCCAGGAGGAAAUCGAGACCCAGAAGCAACAGCACGAGGCCAAGGUCAUCUCCAUCAAGACCGAGGAGAAGCAGAAGAUGGACAAAAUGGCAGAGGACCUGGAUAUGAAGUGGACGGCAGCUCUGAGAGCUGAGCUGGAGUCCCUGCGUGAGGAGUUGGGCGAUGAGCACGAGGCGGACCGGCAGGCCACCCUCACUCAGCUCUCCCAGCAGAAGGACCUGGAGAUGAUGGCCGCCCGCGAAACCUGGCAGAGGAAGGUGGAGGACCUGCUGGAGCAGAUCUCUCUGCUGAAGCAGAGUCUGGAGCUGCAGCUCUCCCAGUCCAAGAGUGCCCUGCAGCAGAUGCAGUCCCAGUUUGCCCAGGAGCGGGAGAACCUGGCCCAGGAGAUGCAGGAGAUGACACUGGACCACCAGCACCGUGAGCACCGCCUACAGGAGGCCCACUGCAUAGCGGCGCGGACCAUGGAGGAAGCCCGCCAACGCAACCUCAGGGAGCUGGAUGAGCGUAUGAAGCAGGAGCAACGCGAGGAGCUGCAGGCUCUGAGGGAGGCGCACAGGCAGACGCUGGAGAUCCUGCGGCAGCAGUCUGAGCAGGAGCUGCAGACGCUCCGCUUCGAGCUCGAGGACGAGGGCAAGGCCAUGCUGGCAUCCCUGCGUUCGGAGCUCAAUCACCUGCAUGCCACAGCUAUCGAGCACCUGAGACAAGUCCACCAACAGGAGCACAAGGCUGCCAAGGUGGAGCUGGAUAACACUCUGGAACAAAGCAAGAACAUUGAGGAGGAGCUGUUCGGGCAGGUCUCUGACCUGCAGAAGGAGGUGACCUGCCGGAAGAAACGCAUCAUGGACCUGGACCGCGAGAUCCACUCGCUGAACGAGACCAUCAGCACACUCACCAAGGAGCUGGAGCUCAAAGGCAAAGAGGUGCUGCGCAUUCGUAGCGAGGCCAACCUGCAGAUCAGAGCUCAUGAGCAGGACCUAACCAAGAGGCAUGAGAGGGAGGUGGGCGAAAUAAGCGUCAGCCACAGCCGAGAGAAGCAGAUCAUGCUGUCCGACUUCAACAAAGCCCAGGAGGUCCUCAAGGACAAGAUCUCUGCCCUGCAGAUCCUGCUGGGGGGCACAGAGGACAAGUUCAGGAACCGCGAGAGCCGACCUGAAGACCUGCAGGUGAUCGCUGAGCUCAAGCAGAUGGUGGCCGAGAGGGAGGCUCUGGUGAAGAAACUGGUAGAUGAUAAGAAGUUUUACCAGCUGGAGCUGGUGAACAGAGAAACGGGCUUCAAUAAAGUGUUCAACGCCAGCCCCAACGUGGGCGUGAUCAACCCUCUCAUUAAGCAAAAGGGUAAUAUGUCAGCAAACAGGUUCGUCAGCUCUCCAAACCUAAGUGUUGUGGAAGCGGAGGGGGGUUCGGGUACGAGUUUGGGGAGUAGGCUAGAGUCUGUCCCCCCCAACUCCCCCCCAGUGCGGCAGGUUGAGCUCCACUCAAACAAACCGCUCCCCCCAGCGACCCCCCCGACAGACCCCGACACCACUCGGAGCCCUCGUGAAAUGGAAGACCCAGCUGUGACCCCAAAAGAGUCGGAGCAGCCUGAACUCUUCUCUCAGUACUUCUCUUUCUGACCCUUCGUACGGCCGUCAACUCAAACGCAUGUGAUCACAAGCAACCAACCACCGGCAACACACACACACACACCAUCACUCAGUGUGCCAUUCACUGUGAUUUUAUUUCUUUAAUUGGUUUUGUUUUGAUUUUGGAUUUUAUGCAAUAUCAAGAACAAGUAAUGCACAUUCACUUUUUUGUAAUCCAAUGAGCUGUUUUCUCAUAAACAUGCAUAUUCCUGUCGACACCUGGCAUACAGGAUGUCCUUAUAAUAAAUGUUGAUUGGACUGCAUUUGAAUAGAUUUAAUGGACCAUUACUGUUUAAAAUGAAAAAUGUCUUGCCAGUUUUUGAACAAAUUGCACUAUAUAUAAAUAUAUAUUUAUAUUAAUCCUCUGUCUGUUAUGAGUAAUAAAAACCUGGUCAGAC